AUGGCAUGGAAUGGUUGCUGUAAUCCAAUAUCUCUGGGAUGGGUUAAAAAGUUACUGGAACGAGAAAUUAAGGAUAUUUAUGUGCAUUCGCUCAUGAUUGGUGAUAACUUUGUAUCGGAUACGUUGCACGGUUAUUUCGGCAAUUUGAAUGAUGAAAUUGAUGAGGCGUGCAGUAAAAUCGCUAAUGAUGUUCAUCUGAAGGAUGGUUACAACGCGAUCGGUUUCUCUCAAGGAGGCUUAUUUCUACGUGGUCUUGCCCAACGUUGUUCAAGUCCGCCAAUGAAGAAUUUAAUUUCAAUUGGUGGGCCUCAACAAGGCAUUUAUGGUUUACCGUACUGUCCUGGAAACGUGACGAUUUGUGAUACCGUAAGACAUCUUCUCGACUGGGGUGCUUAUGCUGGUUUUGUACAGAGAAGUUCUGUUCAAGCACAGUACUGGCAUGAUCCCACGGACGCGGCCACAUAUCGAGAAGCUAGUAUCUUACUGGCCGAUAUAAAUGCCGAAAAUGCUGUUAAUCAAACUUAUGUGGAUAAUCUGAAAAAAUUGAAUAACUUAGUGCUCAUCAAAUUCAACAACGACUCAAUGAUUGUACCUAAAGAAUCAGAGUGGUUUGGAUAUUACAAGGAUGGUGAUACAUCGAGCAUCAUUCCGUUGGAGGAAUCGAAACUGUUUACUGAGGACAGAAUUGGACUGAAAGCGAUGAAAGACAGUGGUAAAGUGCAAUUCUUGGCAAUGAAUGGAGAUCAUCUCGAAAUACCUGAAUCCGUUUUUAUCGAUGAAAUCAUUAAUAAAUUUUUGAAAUAA